AUGAUUCCCACAGGCCUUGCUGUGGGCCUGAGCAGCCUUCUCCUCUGCUCGGGCACCGCAUCAGCCUUGGUAUGGAACACCUUUGACGGCCCAGGCUCCCCAGCCUGCCACAAUGUCUCCCGGGUCCACAACGCCACCUCCGUCGAGGAUAUGCAAUCCGUCGUCAAGUCAGCCAUCCAGUCCAAGUCCUUGGUCCGCGCCGCAGGAAAGGGCCACAUGUGGUACGAUACCCAAUGCAGCGACGACUCGACCAUCAUCAUCCGAACUGCCAAUGUGGCCGGCAUCUACGACUUCAGCCUUCCCGAGGGGGCCCCCCAUGGGUCCGUACUUGUUGACGCUGGAGUUACUUUCUUCCAGCUGGCCGAGUAUCUCCAUGAUAGGGGUGCCAGUGUUGGGUACACCCUCACAAACUGGAACAUCAGUUUCGGCGGGAGUGUGGCGAUGGGGGCUCACAGAAGCUCGAUUAGAGAAGACUCGAUGGUGGCGGCGGGUGUGUUGGCCAUGGAUAUCAUUGAUGGAAAGGGGGAGAUCAGAAAAGUAAAAAGGAAUGAGAGUGAUGAUGACUGGUUGGCUGCUUCGACCAGUCUGGGAUUGUUGGGAAUUAUUGCGAGGAUAAAACUCAAGAUCUAUCCUGACAGCAAGGUUUAUGCCAAGCAGAACACUUUCGACGAAAAGGAAAUUCUCGAGGGCGACAUCUACGGCAUGAUUGCCCCGUACGCAACAGCGAAUCUCUGGUGGUGGCCCUACAAGAGAAAGUUUCACCAGCGAUAUUACGAUUGGCCGGUUUAUGGUUGGAACUAUGAUGUAUUGAUCGGUGGUCUCUACCCAGACCAAAAGGCUCAGUGGGACUAUGGGCUGAGGGCUUACACCCUUGAGCUGGCCUUCCCGGUAACGAUGGCGAAUGCGGUGUUGAAGAGAGCGAGAGGGCUAUUUGAUGAGGAGUUGAAGAGGGGGAUUAUCAUGACGAGUACGUAUAGGAGCGGGAUUAAUAUCAAGUUCGGUCGGCACUAUUUUGACUUUCUUGGGCAGCAGACAUACAACACUUCUGACGGGGUGGAUUGGUCAAAGGGGACGAUCAUGUCGAAGAAGCAUCUGGACCCAAACUAUCUGGCCCGGUUCAAAGCUGUGAGACAAAAGUUUGAUCCGAAUGGUAUCUACCGGAAUGUGAUUGGCGAGAUUUUGGAGAUGUAUUGAGCGAUUGGGUAGUGUUGAAGGCAGCGAAACGGAGAGCAAUGAAGUGUUGUUCAUCAUGC